GGAUCCCGACCUACCCUGCAUUUCUGUGUUGGCUUUAUGAAAGCCAACUUCUUUAAAAGGGCUUUUUAAGCUCUUGACCAGGGAGUACUCAUCCUGACACAUCACUCUUCAGGGGACAACUGCCUUAGACUUCUCCAAGCCAUGAUUUUCUUCCUUUUUGCAAGAACAAGAACACUGAAUACCUUGGAAUUAAAAGAGCUAUUAAGGUGACGGACACUCACAUCAGCUGGAGUUGGUGCAACCAGACCUUUCCUUAUGGAUUGUGGGCACAUUUCUACCAGUAAAUUGUCUGCUUGGAUGAUUAAUGACUUCUGAAUUGCUGUAAGAAUCUGGUGAAUGAUCUUUGGUUGAAGAACUCUCACCAAAACCUGAGUGCAAAUUACAAACUGCAGAAUUUUCCAGUUCAGGAAAAAAAGGAAAGAAACAGAUGUAAAUGACCUCUUCUUGAACAAAAUGUUCUUUCCAGUGCCUUGGGUGGACUCUAGGAAGCCAGUGCAGCUGGGCAGCCUCCUGUUGCUGAUCUCCUCACAAAUAUUGGUAAAAAGGGCUAUGUCCCACAUCCUGAUGGAUAUGGCUCUGAAUUCUUUUGAUGACCAGUAUCUGGGGUGCAGAGAGGAAAUGAUGGAAGAACUGGAGCAAGGUGACUAUUUUCAAAAGGAAAUAGCUGCUAACAAGGACUAUUUGAGCCUCUGGAAGAAGGCUCAGGAGGCUUUGUUAAAGAGCCCUGUAGGUCUUCUGAGGGAGAUGCAUGACAGCCAUGGCAUAGUCCUCAUGGCUUACACCAUGAACUCUUCCCUGCACUCUCAGCUGAACUUGGCUACAUCUACAGCAGGAAUCUCUCCAGAGCACUACAGACACAACUUCAGUUUCAAAUAUUUUCACUUUUACCUAACAACUGCUAUCCAGAUAAUGAAGGAAUGGCAGAGCAGCAAGGAAAGCAUGGGGAAACGUAAGUGCUACCAGGUGCACAGGGGUGUAAAAGACUUAUAUAUCGAGGCCACGGUAGGUAGCAGGGUGCGAUUUGGCCGUUUCACUUCCACCUCCCGCCUCAGGAGUGAAGCCCAGAAGUUUGGGAAUGAAACUUUGUUUACAGUGACUACUUGCCUGGGAGCAGCUAUGCAAGGCUUUUCUUACUACACAACUGAGAAGGAAGUCCUCAUUCCCCCUUACGAGAUAUUUCUUGUCAAAAGCUUCAUUCAGACACAGGAUGGUAACCGGCUGCAUCUUCAUUCUGUGGGGAACUACAGCAAGUACCACUGCCAGCUGGUGGAAGCUUCAAGAUGUAAGAACAGUGGUUCCACUGCCCUCGCCUCUGCCAUUCUUCCUAGUGUGGUUGCAGUUUCUAUGUACUUGGCCCAUAGUCUUUGGUUCUCUGGCUGCAUCCAGCUAUAUACCCAUGAAUAGCAGCCAAGAAGAGUUCACAGGCAUUCGUCUCUGGAAUUCCUGCCUCUACAGAAGGUUCAAACUUCCCUUUGCUUUCAGCUGCAACUCUCCAGCUAAGACUGGAACAUUCAGUCUGGUUCAUCAAAACAGACAUUCCCUGGACCCAUUCAGGUAGGAGGAAGGUUAUCUAUGGCCCUUCUGAAGACUAAGUCUGGGAUACCCUUCACUGUAGGUAGCUUUUCCCUUAGGCAUUCAGGAAAGACACACAGGGACUUUGGACCCUUUAUUUAGUACCUUUAUUUUUAUUGAGAAAGAGUCUGUCUGUGGGUUGUGAAAGGCACCACAGUGGUAAAGUCAAGUGGGUAACUGUGCAGCCUUGCAUAUCUCCUUUGAGUGCAGGGUCCCAGGAGACAGUAAAAUCUGUGUCACAGCAGUUUUUCCCAGCUGCAUGAUGCCAUGCACCAAUACCACAGCUUUCAUCUCAGGCUGGCUGGCUGCAUCUCACACACAGGGGACAGAACCAUGAAGCUGUGCUGAGACAUGAACUUACCAGCAGAGAAUCACAUGGCUUGUCUUCAUCUUGUUCGACUUUAAAAUUCCUUUUGAAAAAAUCAGACAGGUCCUGUGUUCUCUAGUGGCCAAUAAAUGCAUGCUGGUCAUUUCAUGCUGAAAUGAAGGAUAGUCUGUGGAGCCUUACUGCUGUCUUCACGGGUGUUGAAUAUGACUGAGAUUUGUUUACCUGCUUUUCUACUGUGCUGUUCUGAGUAAUGUCUAAUGCUGGAGGUUGAAUCAACACCAUAAAUUGAAAGUGGAACUUCUGAUUUAGCUAUAGAUUCCUCUCGCUUUUAUGCAUUCAUUUGGCACUUCUGGAGCCUUAAACACUCAAGGCUUAGAGCUGUGAAGUUCUCCUAUCUUCAAAAAAUAACAGUGUGGAAAUGAUAAGGAAUAUUUUUUGCCUGCAAUUCCCCUUUCCAGCAUGCCUCGCUUCUUCACCCCUGGUCCUUCAACCCUACUGAUGCUAGCCCUGGGCUGAGGCUAUGGUCAGUGGGGUUAUCUUACUGAUCUAAGAAGACCAGUCACGGUGGUUUAACUUUGCAGUGGAGUCAUCAACUGAGCUGAAACUCACUGACACAUUUCACAAAUAACCCGAGCUUUUAGGCACUGAUGGUCUUGGCAGGAAGCUGGAGUUCAGUAUUCACUUCCCUGUCUGAAACAGUAAGCAACAACUUAUUGCUGUUAUCCAAAAGAGAUCUGAAUAGAACAGGACUGCACAAGCUGCUGGUCAGCUGGUUAGUCAAAAGUAAGGACUGCCGAAAACACCUACAUGAACUGCUUGACUCUUGAAGCAGCUCCAUAUAAGCUUGGUGCUCCCAUUUCCUUGGAAAUCUUGCAGCAAGGAAUACAGAAUUUAGGUACAAGAGACAUAUUAGCAUUAGAAAUGUAGACACUUAAGGAAUUUGGAUGUCAUCAGGUUUUACCAGAUUAAAGGGCAGAUCACUGGGAUGCAGGCCUCAACCAUUUUAACAAAGGCUUGGAAUCCUUCACAAGGUGGCUUCAGCACCCUGAAAGCUUCCUCUGAGUAGUCAGCUGCUGUUUUCAGGCUUUUUUUAUGGAUCUGUGCUCUUGAGGGAUAGGCUGAAGGAAAACACAAAGUGAAAGGAGGAUAGAGAGCCAAGUCUGAGGUGUUGCGAUGUUCAGCUCAAGGAGGAGCUGCCUUCUAUGGUAUUUGGUGUUCUCAUUUUGUUGCAGCAUUUUCACAAUAUUGGCACAGUCUAUGAGAAGUUCUGAUACUUGAAGGGACAAGACAGGUGAGCUCAGUAACUCUUGAAUAGCAGACUCUACUGCUUCAGGGAAAUUGUCAUAUUUCAACAUCACUGCAAUAGAUGCACUGGUGAUGUUUUCUAGUGCCCCCUUGUAAAUCUCAGAAAGUUCCUUUACUGCAGCAGUCUUGUCCUGCAGGGAGGUGAUGGGACCAGGAAUUUUAGCCACAAAGUGUGGCCGAUGCUUUCCUGUACAUCUUUGUCAUCUGUUUCCAUGGUGACUUGCAUAUCUCUCAAAGCAUUGACCAAGAGCUGCAGCUUUUCUUAAAUGCUGAAGUGCUCUUUCACUGACAUGAUGGGGAAGUUAGUGCGAACUUGCACAUUGAAGAGUGAGAAUAUUGUGUUGGUUGAAGUGACAUAGACGUACAUUGCCAUGCAGAUUCUGGCAGACCCUGAACAGCCUUUUUUUAUUACUAUUAAAGCCAAGGUGGGUUAACGUUUCUGGAGUAGGAUCUGACUCUGAAAAGCAAACAGAAGUAAUACAGAUGAUGUUAAUACAGUGGAGCUACAGGGGAAUAAAAGUGGAUAUAUUUUUGACUACAUUUCUGAAACCAAUUGUACAAAUUACCAACCCACCUGACGCAUCCUUCUCCAAGACAUUAGUUAGAAGAAAACACAGAAAAAGCUCUUUGACAGCCUUUUCAGGAGUCUUACCAAGCAGGCCAGCAAAAUGUGAUGUAAACAGCUGCAAGUGUCAUUACUCUUCUGGCUGCAGGAAUUAUGACUUUGACCUUCAGCAUGCAAUCUUUAAAGUAAGAGAAGUGCUGUAGAUGAAUUAUGCUUGUGUUUUGGUGUUUAUUGGUAAAUUUGUGUGAGUCCCAGACAACAAUCUACUUUACAUCAUCCUUAGAACUAUAAUCCUUCAGUUUGUAUAUACUGGUGGGUGUACACAGAAUUAAACUCAUAUUCUUGGGAGGAGGGAAUAAACACAGCAAAAUCAAAUGCAUGACAUUACAUUCAAGAGACAAAGCAAUUGAAGACUGAAUAAUUCAAUAUUUUGUCAGGCUACAGUGCUCUGAGAAGUGACCCUUAUCAGUCAGUUCAUACAGCGACUAGAUGAUGCAAGUAACCCUUGAUAGGUGGAAGCACAAAACAUUCUCCUUGCUUGGGGUCCCAUCUUGAUGCCAUUUAGACUGCUAAGAAGUUAUGCCCUUCUGCUUGCACCUAAAAAUUCUCCCAAGGCCAACUGCAGAUACAGUCCUGGGAUAGCAUGCUGUUGUUUUUGCUUGUGCCAGACUUCUUUAAACCCAGACUGGUUGCAGCUGGCACAGAUAUUGCUGUGGUUAGAUGUGCAGAUAGAUGUGUCUUAGCAGUUGCAACUUCCCAUCCCACUGUAUACUUUCAAAGACUUUUUUCUCAGAGCUCAGUUCAACCCUCUGCCUUUUCCUGCAUUUCUUUCCCAUGGCAAAAGUAGUCUGAUAUUUUGUGAAAUAGCAAAAUUGAUUUUAGCCUCCACUGCUGUUCAGAGCUGGAUGUGGUCUCUGCACCACUUCUUCCAUUCUCAUGUCAUCAGAGACCUGGCAAAUUGCAGUAAAAAAGGGUGACAGACACUCCAAAUAAAGUCUUUCGCUCAAACUUAAUAGGUCUGAAACAAUAGCUAAUAAUUUUCCCUAAAGACUCGAAGUAAAGCAGAAACAAAACUGCUUGCAUAUUUUUCAAAUUAUUUUCUGUCAUGUUCCAAGUGAUAGAGGCUCUAGAAGAGAAGAAUUUGCAUCCACUGCAAACACUGAAGACAUGAAAUCGGUUUCCAGCCUAUAGAAUCGGACACAGAGGCAGUUGUCAGCCAGAUCAAUUCAAUUCAAUUCAGUCCAAUAUCAGAAGAUAUUCAGGACUACAUGGCAUCCUCAGUUAAAAGAAUAGGAGUCACAAUUAAUUGACGAUUCCAGAAUUGUAGUAGUCAAAUCAUUUAAUGUUCUCUCUCAGCUCAUCUUCUCAUGCCUACAGCUCUGACAAGAGAGUUUGGCACUCUGUAUUCAUAUGGGUUGAAUACAGCAGCUCAGCUUUCAGAUGAAAUCAAGUUAGCAUCACAGAGUAUUCAUUAUAUGCUUGAUCUUUUGCUUUCAUCUGAGAACUCAACUAUUCUCUAGAGGGGCAGCAGUAUUCCUGACCAGACUCCUGUGGGCUGCAGGUCCACCUUUCUAAGGAUCAGAGCAUGAAAGAUGUUUUGUUUGGUUGAAGACAGAAGUACAGCCUUGUCUUGCUGGGACAGACAAAGCCUGUUUUCACUGCCUAUGGUAUCUAUUUUUCUGUUUUUGUGGGACUGUUCAACUUUUCUUCCAUAAUUCACAGAUAUAAAAAA